UCUGCAAUUUCAGUAGUAUACCUUUUCCGAAAUCACCACAAUCAAGAAACUAAAGUUGGGUCUCAUCAUGAAACUGAUUAUAGUUAAUUAGUUAUACACUUUUUCCUAUCGGGUUUUCAUCUAAAAAGUGAUUGGAAUUCCCAUAGGCAUGUUUGAUAAAAUGUCUCAGAGAGGAGGAAAUUGCAUUGUCUUGAUUGUAGGCAAAUUGAAAAUGGAGCUGCUCAAGUUACAAAAUUUUAUUGGAAGAAAUGUGAAAGAAAGAAAGAAAAAAAAUACAGUGUCAUGAAAUCCGGGUGCAUAUCAAAAUGGGGCUCGAAAAACCGGAUUUCUGAAGAACAAAUAUGGUGGAAGUUGGGAUAGGGAGUGGUGGUGGUGGUGGCUCGACGAAUGCUCUUCGUUUCACAGCACAAGUAAUCCAAGGAAGAUGGUUCAUGUUGUUCGCUUCUGUCCUUCUCAUGGGCAGUGCUGGUGGGACGUACGUUUUCGGAAUCUACUCCAAAGAGAUUAAGAAAACGCUAGGGUACGAUCAAACAACCAUUAACUUGCUUGGUUUCUUCAAGGACCUUGGAACUACUGUUGGGGUUUUUUCUGGUCUGCUAGCUGAGGUUGCUCCGCACUGGUUUGUUCUUCUUGUUGGUGCCUCCAUGAAUUUUGUUGGAUACUUUAUGAUGUGGCUUGGUGUUACAGGACGUAUCUCCAAACCUCAAAUUUGGCAAAUGUGUCUGUACAUUUGGAUUGGUGCAAAUUCUCAGAAUUUUGCCAACACAAGUGUUCUUGUCACCUGUGUGAAGAACUUUCCUGAGAGCCGAGGAACCCUUUUGGGCCUUCUAAAGGGAUUCACUGGCCUAAGUGGAGCUGUAAUGACGCAACUCUACCUUGCCGUCUAUGGUAAUGAUGCUAAAUCUCUAAUUAUCUUCAUCGGAUGGUUACCUGCCAUUAUAUCACUCUUUUUUGUCUACACAAUCCGGUUGAUUAAAGUCGUACGACAGUCAAGUAUAGAGAAAAGAGUCAUCCACAACUACCUGUACUCAUCAGUUCUGUUGGCUGUAUUCGUAAUGGCCAUAACCAUAACUCAGAAGCACAAGGCCUUCUCUCACAUUGGAUAUGUUCUCACUUCUACUGCUGUUUGUAUUUUACUCUUUAUUCCUCUAGCUGUGUCAAUCAAAGAAGAGCUUGUUCUUUGGAACGUUAAGAAACAAAACAUUGCUCCCCCAAAGGUGAUAACUGUUGAAACUCCAGCCCUUGUGGAUCAAGUUCCUCAGCAAUUGGCUACCAUGUUAUUAGCAGAUGAGAAAUCAUCCAAACCAGAAGUUUCUUUCUUUUCUGAUAUAUUCAACCCCCCAGAGAGGGGUGAAGACUAUACCAUCUUGCAGGCGCUACUGAGCAUCGACAUGUUAUUACUCAUGAUUGUUACUUUCAGUGGCCUUGGCACCAGUCUCACAGCGAUUGACAAUUUAGGUCAGAUUGGUGAAUCUCUUGGAUAUCCAACACUUACCAUAAGCACAUUUGUAUCGCUUAUGAGUAUUUGGAAUUAUUUUGGAAGAGUUUGUGCAGGAUUGUUCUCUGAAAUCCUCCUUAUCAAGUGGAGUUUUCCCCGAACGCUGGUGUUGGCGCUCAUCCUUCUGGUCUCUUGUAUUGGUCACAUUCUCGUAGCCUUUCCAAUUCCUGGUUCUAUCUACAUAGCUUCAGUGCUUAUUGGUUUUACUUAUGGUGCUCAAGUAACACUAAUUUACACCAUCAUAUCUGAACUGUUCGGCCUCAAAUAUUACUCUACACUGUUUAAUUUCGGGGUUCUGUUUAUGCCACUGGGAUCUUAUGUCUUCAAUGUAAGAGUUGCAGGUUUCCUCUAUGACAAAGAGGCAAUGAAGCAAUUGAAGGCAUUAGGACUUACUAGGGAUUCAGUAAAAGACUUGACUUGUAUCGGAAAACAGUGUUACAGAUCUUGUUUUGUUAUAUUGGCAGGGGCGACGUUUGUUGCAGCUCUGAGUUCAUUUAUUUUGGUUAUGAGAACAAUAAAAUUCUACCAGGGAGACAUUUAUAAGAAGUUCAGAGAGGAAGAAGCUACGGCAAAAACAGCACCAGAACAUAUUGAGCUACUGACUGUAGUAGAUGAUUCCAAAACUAAAAGUAAGGUAUCGGAUUCUUAAGUAAUGGCCAUCAGAUUUAAGCAGUUCAUCUUUUUUUUCUUUCAUUUUUUUUCGUUCUUCUUUUGAAUGAUGUUUAACAUGUAUUGCUCGGUGUCACCCAAUGUGUGACUGUAAUCUGUACAUUCCUCCGGUCAUUUAUGAAUCAAAGUAUUCAGGUAGAAAUGGAAAAAAUCCACUUUUGGUCA